UGUGUGAGGGGGAAGGAAUGGGAAGAAAUUUUUUUGUGUGCGCGUCGCUGUAUUUCCUGUGAAUUUGCCACGGUUGAAAGUGCGUUUCCUGUUAGCAACCCCGGAAAGGGUCUGCACACCGAGAUCGCCGCCAUCGCAGAGACCCGCGGUCUGACCGACAGGCGGCUGCUGGCCGGGACCCGACCUGGACCCGUUUUAAAGUCGGUGAGUCCUUAUAUUAACUGCAAUGAUCUGGAUGUGGAAAAGGGAUCUGCAUUUGGUCUCAAUGAGAAAGUGGCCAGCUCUCCUCUCCCCUUCAGUUAUUGUAAAUCACAGGUAAACUGGAGAGAAGAAAACAUGGAACAGCUUUUUUCAGCCUCUUUGUUGAAUGGAAUUAGCAAUUCUACACCUUCUGUUGAUCCAACCCUCCUGUACAACCACUGGUCUGUCUUUGCUGAUGAUUGUGCACCUCCAGUUGCUUUUCAGGAUGGAUCUAAACAAAGAACCCAGAUCAGUUUAUCCGAUUCUGGAAAUGUGCCAGAUUUGGUUCGAUUAGUCUCCAGCAUACUGGAGGAGCCUGAUAAGUCUGAUUCCUUUUCUGACUGGAAUUCAUCGUCCAGGUUGUUUCAAUCAAUUUGGUCAACUGCAAACGGGGACAGUACUGGAGCUCCUUUGAAGAACAAUGCACAAAGUGGUAGAAAUUCAGAUAAUCUCGGAAUUCAUGAAUACUACGAAGCAAAUGCUCAGACUCCGCCUGAAAAAACAUUUGACGACCUCUACCAUGGAUUUCACAAUCUGAAUCUGACCGAGCCAUGGAUGUCCAUAAUUAGUAAGGAUUCCAAUCAGUGCGAUUCUCAAUCCAGUGACGUCUCGCCUGUCAUGAGAAACGAUACCCUUUCACAUCAAGAAGGAUUUUCUUUACAGAACAAAGAAUUUGAACAGUGCUCAUGUGAUCAUGAAGAAGCUGAAGCUUACAAAGGUUUUGACAGAAGUACUUCCAAUUUUGGCAUCCGUAGCUUUCGUAACAACUGCAAUAUUAAUAACACAAAUGCAAGCAGGGAGCACUACAAUUCGGACCGAUUCAGAGACAAUAAAUUCAUGACAUUUGGGGAUAAAGAUCACAACAGAUAUCCGGAAAAUGGCUAUAGUUCACAUUUUGGAGAAACGUGGGGCAAGCUGUCGCACGAAAAUCAGCAAAUUCAAAAUGGAUACGAAGACUUCAACACCGCUCGUCUUCCAAAUGGUGCUUCUCUUUCACAGGUGGAUGUGCCAGUCCAGCAGUUUUCCAAGAACGGUCUUGUUGCCGACAUGAACCGAAAGUCUACUUUUCCAAAGAGGGAAAACCGUUCUUUAAGAGGCCAUUUUGAGAAUCCAAGCAAAAAUCUACGUCAGCAUUCCAUUGAAGAUUUCCCCAGGUCACCUGACUAUACCCAUUUAGCAAAAAACAUUCCUGAUACUAGCGACUAUAUUCCUCAGCCUUCCCAAGGGAACAUGUUAUGGUCCAAUAGCAACAUCUUGAGUCCUACAAAUGAACCCAAUGCAGUAUUUAGGAAACAGGAGAAUAUAAUUUCACCAAGGUCACACACUUCAAAGGUGACUACUAUAAGUAGCGGGUCACCAACACAGUUGUCAAUGUCUGGUAUCCUUCAGCCUAACUGUUAUCCUCCAAUAGUUCCCCUAAGACCAGAUGCUUGUCCAAAGGUUCCUAAUAAUACCAACUAUGAUUGGGGCUCAUGCAGUGCCAGUGUCCAAAUGCAAGAGCAAAACCAGAGGGGCAUACACUCACCAAUUGAGUCAUCUGCUACCAGGUAUGAUCAUUAUCAAAACCAACCUGUUAACUUUGGAACCAACUGGGCACCCCCUCAUAAUAUCAGCAGUGGGAUGCCAGCCAAAUAUGUUAGACACCCUAACAAGCAGGGAUCCAACAGCAGCAACAACAGGGAUGAUAGAAGAGGCCGUAAAAAUGGCUUUCCACCUUCUGUGCAGCCUGGGAUCUUUGGCCCCGAACGUCACCAAUAUAAUAAUUCCCGGAGAAAACCUGAACAAGAUGGCAGCAGUUUGUCUGAUUUCAUUAAUCAAUCAUUCAUCCCACCAUUCCCGUUCAUGAUGCCUGAUUUUAAGCAAAACCAAAAUUUCUCACAGUUUGGCCCACAGACAUUUUCACCUAAUUUUCCUUUGCCUCCUUCGGGAUUUCAAGUUCCCGAACUCAUUGACUAUUUUCAUUAUGAUGACUUUAACCAUCUACAUCCUUUUCUGAAUGAUCUUUUCUGUAGCGAAAUGACUGCACCCUACUUUGGAUUUCCACCACCCUUUGCCAAAUAUAGGCCCAUGAAGAAUCGCAGCGGCCCAGCAAAUGAACUUCAUGUUCGACUGGAGGAGUGUUAUGAACAGUGGAGAGCUUUGGAAAAGGAGAGGAAAAAGACUGAAGCUGAGCUUGCAAGAAACUUCCCUGGGAAACGAGUGUCUAGUUCAAACAACACUCCUGUUCCUCGCCUUCCUUCUAAUCCUUCAAGAGUAGACCGUUUAAUUGUUGAUCAGUUACGUGAACAGGCUAGGGUCUUAACUUUGCUUGGCAAAAUGGAACGUCUGCGUAGCUCUCCAGUUCAUGCUAAUAUAUCUACUACUCUUGAGUGUCAUUUGGAAGCUAUCCAUGUCACCCAAGCACGUCGUAAAGAUGAGAUAAUAAAUGCUGCAAAUCGACAGCGACAAGGAGCACCACGGUACAAUGAUGACAAGGAUGUUUUGGCCCUGGCAGCUGCCAUAAAGGAGUUGACCAUUUCGACCCGCAAAGCCCGCACUGCCCUGUGGUGUGCUCUGCAGAUGACUUUGCCAAAAAGCUCUUUGGGCAUUUUAGCCAAGCAAGGUGAAAUUGAAAAGGCGCUGAAAGAUCUGUGUCCGGAGAACACUGGAAAAAACUGCAUUCUGAGUGAAGACGAAGGGAACGUCGAGGGGAAAAUGCUGGAGAAGCCUGAAUCUGACUACCACGGAUGUGCAGAAAUAAAGGGAGAAAGCGUCUGCAACAGAGAAUGUCUGAUGAAAAAGUAAAAAUUCAGCUUUCGAUGUGCUGCCAAAUAUUUCAGAAAUCUAAGAGACGUGCUUAAAGCAAUAUUGCAGUUAUAUGUUUGAGGAUCUGGAAUCAGUGAAUUACAGGCAUAAUUUUAAAAAAAUUAUACAUUAACCUAGAAUUCUUCAGUUUUAUGAAAAAUGUACACAGAAUUUUUUUUAAAAAAGCGGGCAAGUUGAAUUUUGAGACGAGGAAGAAUCUGGUUGAAAGCUGCAGCUGAAUAAGAGUAGACAAUUGAGAUUAUUAACUUAUGAGAAAAUCCCUGCAAAAUGGAGUCUGUUUUUUUUUGCACAGUGGCUGUUUUUUUUAUAUACAUAACCACUUAUGUUUAAAACACAGGUGCUGUAUCAUUUUUUCUUACAGGAAUUGAGUAUUUUCAGCUGGGUCAGAAUGUUGCAUAACUUGUUUCUGUUGAAAGUUGAGACUGGCAAAUGCAGAAUAUCAGCAGAUACUAACUGCAUGAGACUAUACCGAGAGACACUUAAUAGUUGCUGUGCUUUUUCCCCAUUGUUACUGAAAGUUGAGUUUGAGUGGAAGAGAAAUGCUGAACAGACUUUUUUUCCAACUUUUGGAGGGAUAAGGGAGAAACUAUGAUGCUUAAGGGCUCUGUUCUAAAUAUUUCUACCGCCUCACACGCUGGUUGAAAUAUCUGAAUCCAGUAAAAAAAUUCCUGUUCCAUUUUUUUUUCAAAUUCUCGUCUCCGUUCGCCGCAGGGCUUGGAUAUUUAAGUUUAUUCAAGAUUAAUUAGUGAAAAAUGUUCUUAUACGUUUUUAGAAUUUGUUUUGCAAUAUUUUGUGUAUAAUUAAGCAGAAUAUUAAUCAAUAAGUUAUAUGUGGCCAAAUAAUUGAAAACACACAAAGUAUGCUUAGUAUUCAAAAUCUUUACUUCCUGAAUUAUUUAGUCAUGUCUACUUGAGGCUUGCACAACCUGGACCUAUCUUAUAUUUUGUAGAAAUAGUGGUGUGUGAAAUUCCGGGGGAAAUGUACGUUUGAAUAUUCUGUGGAAUAUUUUUUUUUUUUUCCCUUUCACAUAGAAUACUAGUUUUAACUUGGAUUUUCAUGCGUUGUUAUCCUAGCUAAAUCCUCCUUUUAGAUUGCCAGCCACUGAGAGCUGAAACAAUACUUUGAUAUCAUUCAAUAAUCAUUACUAUUCAUAAUAUUGGUGGUGGUGAGUUUGUAUAGGGAGGCUUGAGGUAAUUUAUAAAAGAAAAUUUUGAAGUUGAAUAAUUAAAGAUAACCACAUUAAGCUCUUGACAAACGUUAUGACUGUUUGAAACUUAAUUAGUAACAGUUUCUGUAGGUAGAAAUAAAAUUAUUUUCAGAGAUGGCAAGCUGGGAAAUUAGUUACAACUAUAGAUAUUGAUUGAUCAGCUCAGUCAUUUAGGAUGUGGGUAUCCAUAUAUAUUAUAUAUUGUGCCCCUAACAGGCAUUCAGACAUUCCUGGACUAUAUGGCUCAGUAUCAGAUGCAUAGUUAAUUUGUGAAACUGACACAAAAUAAGUAUUUAAAUUAUAGUAUUUUACCACUGUGAAAGAUCUUGUUGAAUCAGCCCUUUUUGUAGGGCAAAGUUACUUUUUUUUUAAUCAUCCAAAAAUAUUUCAUUCUUAAACUUGUUUUACAUUGACCUAU